UUUAAAAAUAUACGUAUCGCACCCAUCUUUUCCAUAGAACUACAUGAAAAAGAUUAUAAUUUAUUGAAAGAAAUUAAAAAUUUCUUUGUAGUAGGUACUAUCAUUAAGAGAAUAAAAAAAGGGAGUCCAACAGCAAUAUAUUCAGUACAAUCUAUUAGUGCGUUAAAAGACGUAAUUUUACCUCAUUUUAAUCAAUAUAAUUUAUUAACACAAAAAAAAGAAGAUUUUCGUUUAUUCUCAUUAGUAGUACAUAUGCUUUACGAUAAUCAGCAUAAGAAUGAAGAAGGUUUAAACAAGAUAUUAUCAUACAAAGCUUCUAUGGGUAAAGGAUUGUCAAAAACUUUACUAAGUAUAUUUCCUGGUAUACAGCCCACAGUAAGAAACCUAGUUUUACCUACAAAAGAUUUUAAUCCUUUUUGA